AUGCAGGAACAAGCUGGAGGAGUCAUGUAUUUCUGUAGUCGGGAGGGGGAGGUUGCAUUAAACUACAUUGGCUGCUCUCAGUGCGGCGAUUCCUUUGAUUUGGUGUCUGAGAAGUGCGACAUCGCGUCAUUCAUCGAAGAACACGCCGGCGAACCCGCGCACCAGAGCAAACUGAAGGAUCUUCGGCCUCGGUACUGCGCUAUUCGGAAAGCCCGCGCCGACGGAAGCUGCUUCUUCAGGGGCCUGGCGUUCUCUUACCUGGAGUCCUUGCUCGGCGACCGGCAGGAAAUUGUAAGUUUCCGGGAGCGGGUGACGGAGAGUCGGAAUGAGCUGCUAGCGGGCGGAUUCCAGGAACAGGCGUUCGGACGCUGCUACAGCACUUUUCUCAGUGUUGUAGAUCUAGCGGAGAGCGACGGUUCUGUCUCCGCCCUCCUCAGAGCCUUCAACAACCCGGACAUCUCUGACAACGCCGUCCGGUACCUGAGACUCGUCACGUCUGCCUUCCUCCGGAACCGAGCCGAGUUCUACCAGCCGUUCGUAGAGGAGGGACUACAAGUCACAGAUUUCUGCACACAGUACGUGGAGCCGAUGACCGCCGUGUGUGACCACAUCCACAUCAGCGCCCUGACCCAGGCUCUGGCCAUCCCCCUCCAGGUGGAAUAUGUGGACUCCAUGGACAGCGCCAUCAACCAGCACACCUUCCCCGAUGGAGCCAGACCAUCCAUCUAUAUGUUGUAUAAACAGGACCAUUACACAGUGCUGUACAGAGUGCUGGAUCAAGGGGCGGAGCAGUGAUCACACA